AUGGCAAGAUCAGGUCAUUCCACUCAGUUGACUUCUGGAAGACAUAGGGCAUGUCAACCACAGACACAGAAGCUCAUGGAAAAUGAAAUUUCAGAGUUAAAGAACUACCUUCCUGAGUGUACUUCAGCAAAAAGAAAAGAGAAACAGGCAGUUUUCACUGCUAGGUUAUUUGCUCCUAAGGUUGACCAAGCACAAUGGAAGAAGAGGAAGCAGAUGUACAUGACUUGGUUGUUCAACAACAAGAAAAAGAAGGAAAGGAGAGAACAUGAUAAAGAAGAGGUGCUACAGAGGAUCGAGGAUGAGUCUAGGGCAAAGCCAGGAGGUCCUGGUAUGUUCAAGCAUUAUCAGGUGGCUGUGAAGAGAGUCAUGGCUGAAUUGUCUAAUGACAAGUUGGAGAAGGUGAAGGAAACAGCUGAAGAAUGGUCCAACAACUCUCCUCCUUCCAAGAUACAGGCACAAGUCACUCAUAAGAAAGGACCUGUGUAUAUGAAGCACUUUUUGAAGGAGAUGUGGAGGCAAUAUGGGAUGAGAGUGUUGGUGAUGUCAGCUUGGAAGAAUAAACAGGGUGAGGUGCUGUUUGGGAUGCAUGAUGAUAACGAGGCAUUAGGAGAUGGGGACAGCUUCAUGAAGAUGAAGGACUGGGAGGACAUUGAGCCAGUUUGGCAGGAGUACAUGCAAGAACAGUUCAGUGCUGGGACAUGGAAUGGAGGACAACAGAUGAAGGGAGAGAUCUGUUCUGGGAGCAACAAGGCAGUCAUGCCAUGGAGUGCCAUCAUACAAAGUCAGGAUGAUUUUGUGACAAGAAAGUAUGUUCCGGCAAAUGUGGACUUGAAGGAGCCUUCCAAGUUGCAAAAUUGGGACACUAUGGCCUUACUUAAUUUCUGGCAUGCUCAGCAGGAGAAAGGCAAAGGUCUCACAUUCCUGUUCAAAGCAUGGAAGAACAAAGAUGGAGACAUGGUAGCAUCAGUUGCAUCUGGGAAUUCACCUUCUUAUUGGACUCAUAAAGUCAGAAAGCAGAUGAUCCAAAGGCCUCAGAAUUCAUCAACUGACACCAAGAGUGAUCCCAGGAGUAAUCCCAAGAGUGACUCUCAUCACAUGGAGGAUGAUGCUGAUGAUGAUGUGGCUGACAGUAGAUCCCUGCAAAAGAGACCCAGAAGAGAGCCAGGUCCUUUAACAGCACAUGAAGGGACAGCAGUCUUACAUGCAAUUCCAAAGCCUCACCUGGUCAAGCCAGCAAAAACUGGUGCACUGCUGACAUCACGAAUGGACAACUUCCUGGCUGGGUUGACUGAUGGAGUCACCAGCAAUGUUGAGGAGGAUGUUGCAAUGGAAGGGCACACAUCUCUGGUGCUGAAAAACAUGUGGGGAAAAAAGUGGUGA